AAAUAUACUAUAAAACUUUAUUAACGUAUCUGUAUAUAAUUUAGGACUUUUUAUAAUAAAAAACAACAGCUGACUAACUAGAAAUUAAUAUAAUAUGAAUAUUUGUAAAAAAACCAAAAAUUUUAGAUUUUAACUGGGAAAAAAAUAACCUACUAUAAUUAAUUUUUAUCAGUUUCAUAUUUAAUAUUUGUAUAUAAUAUUUUGUCAUCGACUGAUUUUAACAUCUGCAUUUCAGGAUCAAAUUCUUCACACAAUUCUUUCGCAUUUUACAUUAGAAACACGUAAACACAACAUUUUUUGUUUUGCAAAGUUACAUAUGCUUAGAUAUUUUAGUUUUCCAUCGUUAGCUUCUAAUAGGCUCACCGAAUGCCAUAACUCUUCAAUAACACCUGAUAUACUGCUUGCACUGCUACUUGAAGUCUACAAGUUUGUUACACCAGAAUCCAGUUUCCAGUUUCAUUUCGCUGUAAAAUGCAUCAUCUACGUCCUGAAUCUUAUUUUCGGUAAUGACAUUGGGAAAUUGUAACAAAAUGUCUGAGAACUAAUUUAGAAAUGGGGUAAAUACUAUAAAAAGCAAAUUUUAUUUCAGUCAUAACAAAAUGUUGAAAUAUACCAAAAAUUUACUAAAAAAUAUUGCCUAUAUACUAGAAUUUUUUAAACAAUAUCAAAAAUCUACCAAAAAAGUAGAAAUCUACUAAAUGUGGCAACUCUGUUGCAGUUUCUGCAGAUGCGAUGACAUGCGCAUUUGGAAAAGUCUUUAGUGGCGCCACCUUUCCAGUUUAGUCAAGAAUUAAAGAGAAUGAACCGUAAUUACCAUUAAGGAUAACGGUGCAUGCAUAAGCGUUUUAGUUAUUUGGUCAAACUUUUACAUAUUUUUAAUUUUUAAAUCAUGGAAGAAGUAAAAAAACCUUCUUACAAGUAUUGUAUGGUACCACAGUGUAAAAACACAACUAGAAGUACACCCAAUAAAUUAUUUUUUCGGAUUCCAAACGAUAGGAAAUUAAGAAAACAAUGGUGCAAAAUGAUGAGAAGAGAUACUGUUUCUCCGGCAUCGUGUUUAUAUUGUUGUGAAGAUCAUUUUAAUGUUAAGGAAGAUACAGCAAAUUAUAUUGAAUACACAAUCAUGAAAGAGCAGGGUGAAAAAUGUUAUUUACGCCUGAAGAAAGGAGUUGUGCCUCAUACAUUCUUGUGCCAAAAACGGAACAUGCCGCUACCAGCUGAGAGAAUGGGUGCAGUUAAAAGACAAAAAUUAACCCUGGUGAAUGAAGCCCUUUCCAAGUUUGCCGUUGGUGGUAAUUGUUUAGAAACGGUGGUAAUCAAGUGGAGCCCAGCACUUCUCAUAUUGAAGACAAAUUACCAAAGGACAAGUCUGUGCAAGUAAAUAUUAAAUCAAAUUACAGAAGUAAAGGUGUAAGUGUUAAUAUAUCAACCGAAAGUAAAAAUGUAGCACUGUCACCAUUGUCUAUUUCGACAAAAAAUAUAGGAACUUCACCAAUAAAACAAUAUGCCUUAAAACGAAAAUUGUUUACAGAUAACCCAGCUGAUACUUCUUUAUCAUCUAAUUCUUCUAUACCAUCAGCUGAAUCAAGUUGUAAUAAGUUAAGCUCAGUGCAAGAUGAUUCAGAGGAUGAGGAAUGGUUAAGUUCAGAGGAUGAUGAAGGUUUCAAAAAUGUAAUGCGUAGUAGCAUGCUAACUGCUAUUACAAAAGAGCCAAAAAUGUUGCUAGGAUUACCUAAACAAUCCUAUCACUUAAUAAAACUGUUAAGUGAUAAUAUCCCGCUUCGUACCAUAGAUAUAUUAAUAACCCUCAAGAAAAUUAAAUUAAACUAGUCCUUUAGUAUAUUGGUAUUACAAUUUGGGUAUUCGCAAAGUACUAUUAUUAGAGUCUUCUCUAAAAGUGUACCACUUAUUGCAACAAAACUGAAAGACUUGAUUGUGUGGCCAACACCAUCAGAAAUUUUUAAAAAUUUACCUAUAUCUUUCAGAAGUAGGUAUGCAAAUGUUAUUUCUAUUAUUGAUUGCUUAGAAAUUGAGAUAGAAAAGCCAUCAGAUGCAGUCCACCAAUCACUUACUUGGUCAGAGUACAAAAAAUGUAACACGUUAAAGUAUUUAAUUUCAUGUACGCCAGAUGGUUUGAUCAAUUUUAUCUCUGACGGAUAUGGUGGAAGGGCUACCGAUCUUUUGAUAGUACGAGAUUCAAACUACUUAGAUUGUUUGCCCCCUAACAAGGCAGUGAUGGCUGACAGAGGAUUCAAAGACAUAACAUGUUUGUUGGAAGCAAAAAAAUGUACCCUCAUACGACCACCUUCUGUCUCAAAGUCUACGCCAUGUACUAAGAAUGAAGUAAAGCUAUCAAAGCAGAUAGCAGCAUUAAGGAUACAUAUUGAACGGGUAAUAAAUAGGUUAAGAGAAUUUCGUAUGUUACUUCCUUGUGUGGACCAUAAUUUAAUUCCUAUCAUAGAUCAUGUUAUAAUAAUAGCUUGUGGAUUGGUAAAUAUGCAGGAUGUUUUAAUAAAAAAAUAAAUCAUCAUCAUCGGGCAUUUUAUUGAGUUCUCAUUUGUUUCGGGUACUUGUCAUAUGUCAUAUAAUAUUAAUAUAUCUACAUCAUAUGCAUAAUUCCCAUAUACCAAUAACGUAUGAUGUAGAUAUAUUAAUAUUAUAUGACAUAUGACAAGUGGCCGAAACAAAUGAGAUGCAAUAAAAAAGCCCUAUUCUCUCUGCCAUUAUGCAUUUCUCCAUAAGUUUCUAUCUUUGGUCAUAUAAACAUCAAUCCCCUUUACCAACAUGUCCUACUUAAGUGUCUCCACCCAGGUCUUCUUCUCCUACUCUUUCCAGGAAACCUCAGUUCAGCAAUUCUUCGUAUUGGGUGAUUAAUGUCUCGACAUUAAACAUGACCAAACCAUCUUAACCUAUGCUCCCUCAUGUUAGCAUUAAUUGGUGCGACUUCCCCUAAUACACUCAUUCCAAAUUUUAUUCUUUUUAAACGCUUUUAUUUAGUUCUUUGCGUCAAAUCUUUAGACGUUAAUUUGACUGCCUUUUCUUCAAUGCAAAUGAAUGAAAAUUUGCAGACAUAUGCAUUCGCGGGAACAAUACACGAAUUUUUUAAUAUUUUUUUUAUGUUUAUUAAUUGUUUAAAUAAAAAAACGAUUUUAAUCGAAAAUUCUUAAAUUAUCUUGUUUUUUACAAUGUAAAAUCUUGAAACUUUUACGGAUUGUAGCUAAUGAUAUGAACUAUACAUAAUUUCACUUUUUACGUUAAUUGUUUACGUUAUGCUUCAUAAAUAAACAAUACAGUUUCAAUUUUUUUGCCAAUUCCGACUACUUUUCAUGUUAGUACAUCCUAUGUUUUAUACAUAUUUUAAUAAACAUGACGAUAUAUUUAAAUGUUUGAAAAGUGUAACACUAAAAAGUAAAAAAUAAAAAAAUAUGAAAAAAACAUUUUUAAGAAACGCUUUACUUUAGUUACGAGUGACUAAAAUUUAAAUUAUUAUAAAAAAAUCAACGAAAAAGCAAAAAAUAACAAAAAUUGAAAAUAUCUAACAUACUCGUUAAAGAAAAGCGUGGGGCGAAAACCGUUUAUUCGAUGAAGACGCGCCACGCUUUUCUUUGGCGAAUGUGUUAGAUAUUUUCAAUUUUUUUUUUAUUUUUUGCUUUUUAGUUGAUUUUUUAUAUUUUAAAUUUUAGUCACUCGUAACUAAAGAAAAGCGUUUCUUAAAAAUGUUUUUUUCAUAUUUUUUUAUUUAUUACUCCACUCAUCCAUCUAAGUAUUCUCAUUUCUAACAAUGUAUUCGUUGUUCCUCUAUCUUUUUAAUAAAAAUGAAUGUAUAUUUAAAUUUAUACAGGCCAAUCAAUCUGGUUAAAUGAUAAAGAAGUGUCAGCUGUGUUAUAACGGAAACCGAAUAAAAUUUCGGCGAUCUGUAUCAAACUUCAACAUCGAAGAGAUAUUUUAGUAAACAGUUGUUUGGAUUUUUAUAAAUACCCUAUGGUAUGUAAAAAAUAAUAUUUUAUCAGGCAUGAACUCUAAAUAGAAAUGGUGUAAAGAAAUGGAACUUUGCUUGAGAAUACGAAGACGAUUAACAGAACAUCCCAACUAUUUAGCAAUAAAUGUAACGAGACAACCAGUUAGAUGCAGGCUUUAGAAUCUACCAGUAUAUUGAAGAGUAUCAACACAAACAUAAGCUAUGUACAAUGUUAGCAAACAACAACCUCAGGAUGACAUAUCUCCAAAUAUUCUAAUAUUUGAACUUGGAUCAAUAAUUAAAGGGUUUAUGGAGUAAAUGUCAACUAUGUUAAACCUCCUAAAAUGACUGUAACAUACAGUCAAUGGACCAAUGGACUGACCCAACAUUAUUAUCAGACAUGACAUUGAUAUAAUGAUAAUAAUAUGUGAAACUGGUUUCACAAGUAGAAGCUGAUUUAAAAUACUAAACUAAAUAACCUAGAAUACCACACACCCAGCUUAUAGUGGAGCCUGUAGCCUGUAUUAUAAUCAAGAACAAUAAAAAACUAAUUAUAAAUCAGCAGAAAGAAACUAUCAAAUACCUUACCUUGCAAUUUACUUUGACCAAAAAUCAAACUGAAAAAUACAUAUUAAUCACAUUUAUUGUAAUCUUGUAAAUAUAUUGGGAAGUCAAAAUAAAAAACAUGUAUGUUUAAA